GUUUUGGUGCAUGUUCAGUGAUUUUCGGAUUUUUCGGUUCGGUUGCAUUGCGUAUUGUUAUUUCUUGUUUGCUCAUCAAGUCUAAAUUCGCAUUAAGUAGUUUAGUCGACGCAAAGCAAGGGGAGCUUUGUCCGGAAUGGACGUGAUAAAUUCCUGUCACUGCUGCCUGCAGGCUCCUCCGUACAAGGACCUGGCGACGCCGUAUGAUCUCGGCGCAACGGAGACAUAUGCCGACAUGCUGAAAUACUGCUUCGAUUUACAUUUACGACAGGAUGAAAACAUCUCACGAGGGAUUUGUUUAAUGUGUGUGAGCCGCCUGCAAGAUGCAAGGGAUUUCAAGUUACAAGUGCAACAAUGCCAGGCGAAGCUGGAGGGACAGCAUGUUAAAGUGUCUAGACCAGCGGAGCUUCUCGUUAAGUCGGAAAUUGAUGAUGAUGAUAACUUAGUAUUUACUGUGUUAAAAGUUGAGCCCCCUUCCGAGAUGGCUAGUCUCAGCAGAGAGAACUCAUACGCCCACGAAGGCUGUAAUGAAGAAUCAAAAAAUAAGUCUGGCAUAGAAAAAAACUUGCAAGAAACAUACAUAAUGUCCAGAGCUACAUAUGACUCAACAACCCAGGAAAAAAGUGAUACCGAAACUUGUAGUAACACAACACAUAAGAUUGAGGAAAUAGAACACGGUGUUCAGAAUUUUACGCAGAUGGUUUACGACUCGAAACGUCGUCCAAAAACCAUUUUUAAUUGUAAUCAUUGCAGUUUCACAGCUCCAUUUAAAAGUUUAAUACUAAAACAUCAAGUGAAACACGAAAGAAUCAGUUUUAAGUGUGACCACUGCAGUUACACAACUACAUAUAAAAAAAAUAUACAGCGGCAUGUAAUGAGACAUAUGGGAAAAAACAGAUUGGAUUGUACUCUAUGUAGUUUCACCUCUCUGUUUAGAAGUCACAUGAUCCGACAUCAAAUGACACACACAGGAAAAACAAACACCCUGCUUAAUUGUGAUCAUUGCAGUUACACAACUCCGUUUGAAGGAUACAUGCGCCGUCAUAAAAUCUCACAACACACAAACAAAGAUAGAAAACGUUUCAUGUGCAACGUAUGUGCAUGUCAGUACAAUUCAAAAAAAUACUUGAAAAUUCAUCUGAUGCGCCACGCUGGCGAAAAGCCUCUAAAGUGCAGCAAUUGCACCUACAAAUGUACAACUAAAAUGGAUUUAAAAAGGCAUGAGACGGUACAUAGCGGGGAGAAACCGUUUCAGUGCAAUCAAUGUGAUUACAAGAGUAACACAGGCACUCAUUUACGAAGACACAUUGGUGCUGUACAUUUGCGAAAUAAAUCGCAUAAAUGUACUUAUUGUGAUUACAAAACUGAUGAAAAGACACGUUUAAAUCGUCACCUGAUGACACAUACGGGUGAAAUGCCGUUUAAAUGUGAUUUGUGCGACUACAAGUGUCGAGUUAAAGAGCACCUACGUUUUCACCAGAUGAAGCACACAGGUGAAAAGCCGCAUAAAUGUAGCUACUGUGACUUUAGGUGCAUCCGGAAAUCGGAUUUACCGGCUCACCUGCGUACACACACUGGGGAAAAGCCUUACAAAUGCAACCACUGUAACUACUCGAGCACCCAGAAACAUGUUUUAGUUGGGCAUAUGAAAUCGAAACAUUUUAGUGUGUAAGAGAAUGUCAAGGAACGGGUGCCGAGGUAUCAACAAAAAUGCAUACAAUAUUGAAUACUUGCGUUUACUGUCACGGUUAGAAAUGUAAUGUGAAUAUAGAAAAUCUUAUGAUUAAUUACAACUAGGUUAUGUAGGAGAUUUUAAUGCGUAUGCAAAAAAAUGACGUUCUACUUUUGGACAGAGUGACCGCUUGACGACCGGCCUGGCUCGGUCGAUAGAAACCCUGCCUGCUAAGCCGCGAUCCUGGGUUCGAAUCCCGGUAAGGGCAUUUGUGUGAUGAGCACAGAUAUUUUUUCCUGAGUCAUGGAUGUUUUCUAUGUAUAUAAGUAUGUAUUUAUCUAUUUUAGUAUGUAUAUCGUCGCUUAGCACCCAUAGUACAAGCUAUGCUUAGUUUGGGACUAAGUUGAUCUGUGUAAGGUGUCCCCAAUAUUUAUUUAAAAAAAAGUCCAGAUGCAUCAAUUGCAUUAAGAUGUUGUUUUGGGUCAGAUAGCAUAUAAAUAAAUAAAUAUUAUAGGACAUUCUUACACAGAUAGCAUAUGCAUAGUUACAAAAGUGUACAUCUUUGUACAUAGUAAAUGCUGAGAAGCUUUGCAAGUGUAGCCACUAAAGCUACGCGAGUACUUAUGAAAAAUAUAUGAGUGUGUUCCCACCUCAUCGCUUAUCAUAAAGUCGAGAUUUGCUUGUACCUUUAUAUGAAGAAACUCACAAAGCAGCUUUAUAGCAAUCGACAAAACGUUAACAAUCCGAUCCUAUUUGUUAACUAAACUCCUUCUGAAAUAUGUCGUCUAUCAAAGAUUAUACAAAAGUUAAUCUUGACAGUUAAAACAACAGAUUUUUAUUCCCACGCACAGGUCUCUUGUCUUGUCUAAACAUACGAUUAAAAAUGAAUUUAUGUGAUUAAUUUUGUAAUGAUUUUUGCGUACCUAUUUUAAUACUACUACCGUACUGCUACUACUGCGUACUAAAUUCAUUACGGAUAUUAAAUUUG